CUUCUGUUUCGUUCAAACUAUCUGCUAUCUGCAUCCAUGGAGUCAGCUUCGUGUUCGAUUCUAUGCACUCUUAGCUUAUCAUGCAAUCAAACUCCUAAACUAAAGACAACCUUUCUUCAUUCCAUUCCGUCCGUUGCUUCUAUUUCCCGGAGGAAUUUCAGAUAUUUUGGCAAAAACCUGCAGUUCAGUCGGGUUCUUGCUUCGAACCCAUUGUCUAACCCUCUUGAUGAGAACCCAUCUCAACAACUCGCUGUCAUUCUUGAAGUAGAAGGUGUCCUUAUGGAUGUAUAUCGCUUGGGCAAUCGUCAAGCCUUCAAUGUAGCAUUUCAAAAACUUGGGCUGGACUGUGCAAAUUGGACCGAACCAAUUUACUUAGACCUCUUAAGGAAGACUGGCAGUGAAGAGGAAAUGAUGUUGGUCUUGUAUUUUAACAGGAUUGGUUGGCCUACUUCGUUGCCCACCAAUGAGAAGGAAACAUUUAUGAAAAGUGUUUUGAGGGAAAAGAAGAAUGCAUUGGAAGAGUUUGUGAUGGCGAAAAGUUUGCCUUUACGACCUGGAAUUGAGAACUUUGUUGACGACGCACUUCACGAAGGUAUACCUGUGGUAAUUGUAACGGCUUACAACAAAAGUUAUGAUAAAAUGGCCAGGUCCAUAAUUGAAAAACUUGGUAAUGAAAGAGUUUCAAAGAUAAGGACUGUUGGAAAGGAAGAAGUGGAACAAAGUCUUUAUGGUCAACUUGUAUAUGGUGAAGGUGUUACUUCUGGUUUGGAUGAGCAACUAGCGAAGGAAGCAAUAAAAGCAGCUUCUGCUGAGAAACAAAGGAUUGCUGAGGAGAUUGCAUCAGUGCUGAAACUGAAAGUUGAGAUUGACACCAGCUCAACUGAAAGCAUUCAAAAUAUUAUGGCGACGUUGCGUGCAGCAGCAGAAAAUGCAGGGUUGCCUGUGCAAAAUUGUGUGCUCAUUGCAGGAAGUCAAUCUGGGGUGAUGGGAGCUGAGCGAAUAGGCAUGCCAUGUGUUGUUCUUCGCAGUAGCUUGACUUCGAGAGCUGAGUUUCCUUCAGCAAAUGCUAUAAUGGAUGGUUUUGGAGGGGCAGACCUUACAAUCUCCAAGCUACGCAAUAAGAGAUGGUUGUGACUUCUAUGCUGUAAAUUCCUUUUUGAACUGUUAGAUCUUUUGAGCUGUAAAAUAUAACGCUAUUUCAAAUCCCCUAAG